AUGGCUGGUUACUUGAGCGUCCUAGUUGUGUGUUCUCAGUUAUGUUUCGUUUCUGCUUUUAUGCCCAAUCAUGUGUUUUCGUUUCCACCUCCUGAUGGUUCUAGCACUAAAACGCUUGAUGUGGAUCUCGAUGUGGAAGUAGACGAUUUUUAUCCGGUAGAAGCAGAAGGUUUGGUAGAUAAUGGAUAUAAUCACAAAGAUGUCAUCAGGUAUGCGUGUCUGCAAGAAGUGGCACGGUUCUAUGAAGAGACACUAGAGAUGGACGAAGGACAUCUGCAACAUCUAGAGCCAUUGACUGCCGAAACACUAUUGACCACGGUAGCUCAGCGAAAGGCUUCAAGUCUUAAUUUUGAGAGUGCACUACGUGAGAUUGAAGUAGAAGCAGCGUUGAUGGAUGUGUAUUAUGAAGUCGAUGAUGAAGAUCAAGCUACUGCUAUUGCUCGUCAACAUUUUGAUAACGAGAAAAUUAAAGAAGGUCACGAGUAUUUACUAGAAAUGGCUCAGACUGUCUUCACUCUUCUCCGCGAUGAUCAGUCGUACUCGGCUGCUCGAACGUUCGUUGGUCGCUUUUUGCUUACAUUACAAGAUUUCUAUGCUCACUCGAACUGGAUAGAGCUCGAAAACAGAGACAUACUGACAGAUCUAGGGCUGUCCCAAUCACCGAAGUUCCUCAGUAGUAUUGCUGAUCCGUGGCCUUUUACUUGUACAGAAUGUUGUGAUCCUAAUGAUUCACGUUGCAGUGAAUCUACAUCUCCAGAAUCUACAUCUCCAGGAGGCUGCACUACAUGUUAUGAUAACGUUAGGAAAUCGAAGUUAACAAGUGGAUACUUCAUUUAUGAUAACUCACAGACGAAACCAACUGGGAAAUGCAGUCAUGGAAGCAAAACAGACAGAUCUCGACAUACUUCGCCAACAGGUGGCAUCAACAAAAGCACAAAGAUUUGUGCAAAGUCUCCUCACCAUUACCUUCACGAUGAAGCAGCACAUUUAGCGAUAUCAGCGAGCAGACACUUCUUGUCUCAUGUAAGAAGCACGGCCGGUGACGAGGGUUUCCGUAAGUUAUUCAACUUGGCAGAAAGAAACAACUUGGAGAGCAGUACGUCUCUCUGCUUUGUAAUGGACCAGACGGGUAGCAUGCAGAACGAUAUCGAUGCUGCUAAGAAUAGAACAAGACAAAUCAUUACAUCUAGCACCAAACCAUACAAUUACGUUCUUGUUCAGUUUGGUGAUGAUGACAACGAUCCGGCGUAUGGUCCUGCCAUAGUUACAAACGAUGCGGCUGAGUUUCUCGCCGAACUUGACAAACUGAAAGCAGACGGUGGAGGCGACUGUCCGGAACUGACACUCCACGCACUGCAGCUGGCUUUGACAAAAUGCCUCCCCGGACCGUGUAUAGCUUGA